GCAUCUCAUUAGCGGCCGUGCCGGCGGGAGCGGCCCCAGUGCAGGUGCAGCCGGGCCGGGCGCAGCGGGAGCGAUGGGGCCGGCGCGGUGGGGCCGGGGCCGGGCGAUGCUGGCGGCGCUGGGGCUGCUCUGGGCAGCCGGGCGCGCCCUGGCGCAGGAGGUGCAGACGGAGAACAUGACAGUGGUGGAGGGUGGCGUGGCCGAGAUCAACUGCCGGCUGCACCGAUACGACGGCUCCAUCGUGGUGAUCCAGAACCCGGCCCGGCAGACGCUCUUCUUCAACGGCACACGGGCGCUGAAGGACGAGCGGUUCCAGCUGGUGGAGUUCACCCAGAGGCAGGUGCGGAUCCUGCUCUCCGACGUCCGGCUGGAGGACGAGGGCGGCUACUUCUGCCAGCUCUACACCGACGACACGCACCACCAGAUCGCCUCGCUCACCGUGCUGGUGGCCCCCGAGAACCCGACGGUGGAGGUGAAGGAGCAGGCGGUGGAGGGCGGGGAGGUUGAGCUGACGUGCGUCGUGCCCCGGUCGCGCCCCGCGGCCACCCUGCGCUGGUACCGGGACCGGCGGGAGCUGCGAGGGCUCAGCAGCCGGGAGCAGCUGGGGAAGGUUUUCCGGGUCAGCACAUCGGUGCGGCUGCGGGUCGAGCGCCGGGACCACGGCACCAUCGUGACGUGCGAGGCCACGCACCCCGCCCUGCGCGGGCAGCGGAAGCAGACGCAGUACGUGCUAGACGUGCAGUACUCGCCCACGGCGCGGAUCCAGCCCAGCCAGGCCGUGCUGCGGGAGGGUGACACCCUGCUCCUCACCUGCGUCGUCAACGGCAACCCGCUCCCCACGGAGAUCACGUGGAGCCGGGCGAACGACUCGCUGCCCGAGCGGGCGCAGAUGGAGGGUGCGGAGCUGACGCUGCCGGCGCUGAGCCCGGGCGACAACGGCACCUACGCCUGCCACGCGGCCAACAAACACGGGCGCGCCUCCGACCAGUAUGUGCUGGUGGUGUACGACCCCGGGGCCAUUGUGGAGGCCCAGACCUCGGUGCCCUACGCCAUCGUGGGCGGCAUCCUCGCCCUGCUGGUCUUCAGCGUCAUCUGCGUCCUGAUCGGCAUGGUGUGGUGCUCCAUCCGGCAGAAAGGCUCGUACCUGACGCACGAGGCCAGCGGGCUGGACGAGCACGGCGAGGCGCGGGAGGCCUUUCUCAACGGCGGGGACGGGCACAAGCGCAAGGAGGACUUCUUCAUCUGAGCCGGGCGGA